GAUAGACAACAAGAUACAAAAGAAAAACCAUAGAUCAAGUACUCUCUCACUCUCUAAUUGGCAUUUUCUUGUUUGUGACCACUCUCUCAAAUUUGUAUAUAUAUAGCUAACAUCUUCACCUCUACUCCAUUGCUUAACCACCACUCUUUCCUCUCUUCAAAGCAAUCCCAUUUUUUUUCCUUCCUUCAAAUUUCACUCUCACAAAACAAAACACCAUUCAAACUCUCCCCCUCUCUCUCUCACUCCCUCUCUCUUUCUCUCUCAACAAGGAAUAUACCCUUUGAUCCCAAAACCUUCCCCCUUUCCCUUUCUCUACUCUCUCCCUCUUUUCUAUUAUUAUAUUAUUAAAUAUCCAUUCAUUCUUACAUAACACACACUCCUCCAAACACCUCUCUCUCUCUCUCUCUCUUAAUAUGCAACAACAAGUGGCAUCAGAAGUUCAACACCACCAACUCAAGAAAAAGAACCAAGAAACACAGAUGUGUCGAAAAAUCAAACUCAGUAUCACUGAUCACAACAACCUCAAACUCACAACCACCGUCGAUGAUGAUGAUGUUUGUGACAAAAUUGACGGCGAGGAUCUCUUCAUUCCACCUCUCAAUUUUUCUAUGGUUGAUAACGGCAUUUUCCGUUCUGGUUUCCCUGAACCUUCCAACUUCUCUUUCCUUCAAACCCUUGGCCUUCGCUCCAUCAUAUAUUUGUGCCCUGAACCAUAUCCAGAAGCUAACAUGGAGUUUCUCAAGUCAAAUGGAAUCAAGCUUUUUCACUUUGGAAUUGAGGGUCAUAAGGAGCCUUUUGUAAACAUCCCGGACGACACUAUUCGGGAAGCCCUAAAAGUUCUUCUUGACGUAAAGAACCACCCGGUUAUAAUUCACUGCAAGCGAGGAAAGCACCGAACAGGUUGUUUAGUCGGAUGCUAUAGAAAGCUCCAAAAAUGGUGCUUGUCGUCUGUUUUCGACGAGUACCAACGGUUUGCAGCUGCGAAAGCUCGAGUUUCGGAUCAGAGGUUUGUAGAGUUGUUUGAUAUUUCAAGCUUGAAGCAUUUACCUAUACCAUUUUCAUAUUUGAAGAGGUAACAACAGUCACAAAAAAAAGUAAUAUGCUAAACUGGGUUUUUCCUUUCAUUAGCUAGUGAAAGUGAAUCUGAAGAAAAGCGUUUUGAAUAAUAAAAUAGAAAAAGGUGAUGAACUUGUUCAAUGCAUUGAAGCAACAAAGGAAUUCUUCUUCUUCUUCUUUUUCUUUUUCUUUUUCUUUUACUUCCAUUUUUUAGAAUAAGAUAAGAAAAAUCAUCAAGUAGUAUAUUAUAUAUAGUAUAUUAAGAUGUAUGUGUCUUUGUCUUUCUACUAUUUUGUUUUUGUGCUCCUUAUUCAUGAGCAAUGAGAAUGUAGAUUAGUCUUGAUUAUUUUCUUGAGGCUAAGAGAAAUUCAAGAAAGCUAUAAAAAGCAUUGUUUUGUCUA